CCUGGGGCCUUCACCACUAGACCAAACUGGCUCUCAAACUGAUUGUGAUCUGUUCUGAAGAUGGUGAUCCCUGAACCCCCUUCAACUGCUGGCAGGCCUUGAGAGACUCGCUCUAUACAUCUCACUCAUCCUCAGCCUCAGUGCCAAGACAUCGCCAUGUGGCACAAGGCCGUGUGUGUGGCCCUGCUGGCCUUGGCCACCGGCUACAUCUUCUGGCUGGACCCUGCUUUGCCAGACGUUUUGUUGGAGUAUCUCUCGGGUUCCUUCCUGUGCCAACUCUGGGGGGAUCCUGGGUCCCCAGAAGUCAGCAUGGCAGCAGCAUGGGAUGCCCUCAUCACCCGGCCAGCUAAGCAGUGGAACAGAGUUGCUGUGGGGGUCAACGCCUGUGUAGAUGUGGUCCUGUCUGGGGUGAAGCUGCUGCAGGCCCUUGGCUUCCACGGCGAGGUUGGGAAAGACCAUUCUGUGUUGCAUUCCGCCGCAGAUUUGGAAGAAGCCUUUGUCCACUUUAUGCGGAAGGGAGCCGCUGCAGAACGGUUUUUCAGUGACGCAGACGCCUUCCACCACAUCGCAGAGACGGCUUCCGAUUAUCCUGGCGCGCAGUUAUAUGUCGGAGGAAAUGCUGCUCUUAUUGGCCAGAAAAUUGCAUCUCAUCCUGAGCUAAAGGUUCUACUCUGUGGCCCGAUUGGCCCUAAACUCCAUGAGUUACUUGACGAGAAUGUAAUGGUCCCUCCAGAAUCACUGCAAGAAUUAGAUGAAUAUCAUCUUAUUUUGGAAUACCAAGCAGGUGAAGAAUGGGGAGAGCUGAGAGCUCCGAACGCCAACCGAUUCAUCUUCUCCCAUGACCUGUCUAAUGGGGCCAUGAACAUGUUAGAAGUAUUUGUGUCCAGCCUGGAAGAAUUUCAGCCAGACCUGGUGGUGCUUUCAGGGUUCCAUAUGAUGGAAGGACAGACCAGAGAGCUACGUCAGAAGAGGCUCCUAAAGGCUGUAACUUCCAUUUCUGACAUUCCCACGGAUGUCCCGAUCCAUCUGGAAUUAGCCGGUAUGACUGACCCAGAUCUCAUGAGGGAAAUAAUUUACCAGCAGAUCUUCCCUCUUGUGAACUCCAUUGGCUUGAACGAACAGGAGCUGCUGUUCCUUACCCAGGCAGCCUCGGGGCCUCACACCUCGAUAACGUCCUGGAAUGGUGUUCCGGAUGUGGGUGUGGUCAGCGACAUCAUUUUCUGGAUCUUGAAAGAGCACGGGAGGACUUCAGCAAAGGCUUCGGAUCUCACUCGGAUCCACUUUCAUACGUUGGCCUAUCACCUCUUGGCUACCGUGGAUGGGUACUGGGCCAACCAGGUGGCUGCGGUGGCUGCUGGAGCAAGAGUGGCGGGGACUCAAGCGUGUGACACCCAGACCAUCGAUGCGAGCAAAGUCUUCCUGAAAGCCCCGCUGGAGUUUGCCACUUCCAAGAUGGAGGGGGCCUCCAGAGUCUCCUUAAAUCCGAAGGAGCCUGUAUCGGAAUGGCACAGGAAUGGCGUCGCUUUCCAUUACACCCCCGUGCUGGUGUGUAAAAGUCCUCUGCGGACUGUUGGCCUCGGGGACGCCAUUUCUGCCGAAGGACUCCUUUAUUCAGAAAUCCAUCCUCAUUAACCACUGAAUUAAGUGAUCACUCCAAAAUUUAUACCAAGCAGGUACAGAGUGGAAGUUAGGGUUUGAUCAAGAACCAAAAGGGGGGGGGGGGAAAUGGGUACUGUCCAGAAGCUGCAUUAUUGCCACGGGAAUGUUUACAGUGCAAUGGGAAGGUAUGAGUUGUUCAUUGGAGGGGACACCUUUUGGUCGGAGGGAGAAAGCAAAGGGGCCUAUAUUUUAAUUUAAGACAAUUUAAUUUGCCAUAAUUUCUAAAGGGGCAUUGUAAGAGGAGAUGGUGGUGCCUGAUUAUCCCAGGUAGGAUAUAUGGAUCUUUUUCAUAUUCAUAUCCCCCAGGCAGAAGUAAAAAAACUUACUUCUUCACAUUCCUGACAUUGCAAGACCCAGCCUUCUACUUGUUUGACGGUGGGACGACCAAUAUAUUUCUCUUUUAUCUUUCCUAUUUCCAAAGAUGCACCAGCCUAUAAAUAGGACGCAAGAAAAGGGUUCUCCUCUCAGGCUCGUGAAAUUACCAAGCCUGCUGUCAAAAUAUCAAGAGUAUUUCCUUGGCCGGAUAAUGCUAAAUUUCUUCUUCCUUUUUCUUUCGCUGUUGCUACUUUCAAAGGCGUUUUACUUUUAUUGGCAAGGUGAUUCUUGAAUGUGAGACAGUUUAUUUUAUCUGUUAACAGCAAAUAUAUGUGUAUGCAAAGGCUGGGGGCUGGUCCUUGAAAGGAGAGCCUACAGUACAAUCGCUGCUGUCUUCUUAGUGUAACACAGGACAAGUUGCAAUAACUCUGUGCAAAAUGCUGAAGUACACCUUGCUUAAGCCUUAACGUGGCUCCUAAUAAACAACCGUAAAACAACAUUUUUAACUGAAGUUUGAUUAAGACAACUGGGCUUCUGGCAUUCUUGGCUUGCUACAUUAGCAUCAGGCCUCGGACUCUCAUGAAUAUGGACUUUAACUGUUCAUUCCACCUUUUUCUUUGCAGUCCAGCAUAGCAACAGUCAGCCUAUGAGUCAUUUAUAUAAAUACAUAAAACAGAGAAUCUGCUGGUAUCUAAAGCUGGAUAAAAGGUGAGGGCGUAAGCCAGUGGAGGCGUGAAGCUUGGCUGCAAAAAUUCAGACCUAAAUCUGUGCUCGAUAAUUCCCACUACGCAAUAUUAGACUUCAGUGGUUUUAAUAUAUACGUGGUUGUUAUGAGAUUAAGAGGUGUGUUUUUGUCCCAGAGAGGAAGGGCGAGAUAAAAGUAUAACUAAAGAUGGAACUGAAAUCUUCAGAGUGGCGUUUGAUUGUGGUAGAAGUAAAUCAGAGUGGGAUUAACACCAGUAGACUUUAACAAGGUAUGCUCUGCAUUCCCUUCUUUUUAAUGUCAUUGUAAACUUACUCAGACUCAAGGAAAUCGAGUAGUUUCAUUCUAAAUCUAUUGAAAAAAUUCCCCAGAUUAGUAUGUUCUAUUUAUUCAUUUUUUAAAGUGGGGUACAAUCUCUCUCUCCAGUUGAAGUAACCCAAAUUUUGCAUUGCUGUGAAAUUGACAAACUUUAAACUUUCCCCUCUUGGGACUGAAUAAAUGUAACUUUAAAUGCUUCUUUGGAUCAUAUUUUGGAAAACUGCCCAUAUCUUUUCACUGAAAGCAAUGAUAUGGCUUGCAUCAGGACUGGUGGGAAGGGGGAUGUUUAAUUCUUCCCAUUUCAGGAGGCUUUUUCCUUGCUUGGCUGAAUGUUCGAGAACUCCAAUGUAAUUAGACACUUGGGUGGGCUUCCGAUAGAAGACAGCUUGGAGGAGUGAGCACCAGAAUGGUGUCACUGAUGAACUAGCAGCUAAAAACUACAAGACUUGAAUAUCUUUUGCACUUGCUCUUUUUUAUAAGAGAAAUCUUGGCAGUUAAACGUGCAGCUUCAUUCUACAGGUUUUUGCACUGCUUAUAAUGGUGCACUGCUUUCAUUCCACAAUGGCCACUAUGUAGUGGCUCUACAGGAAAAGCACUUGAUAGUUUUUGCUUUUACUCCUUACCUUAGUCCCUUUUAAAUUUCAAGUUUAUUUCGUUUUGUUCAAGACUAGCAAGCGUUUAAUUUUUAAACAAUUUAAUCCUAGUUAGAGUCACACAUGCUGUAUUUCGAGCCACUAACCAUGCUAAUGUCCCAUUCACAUAUUUCCUUAUCUUUGGCCUUUCUGUUUCAUUGCAUUUCUUGUUCUUUGGAAUCCAGCUUUCCCUACCCAUUCCACUAGAACAAUGUUUCUCAACCUUGGUGACUUUAAGAUGUGUGGACUUCAACUCCCAGAAUUCUGGCUGGGGAAUUCUGGGAGUUGCAGUCUACACAUCUUAAAGCUGACAAGGUUGAGAAACACCACACUAGAACAAAGCAGCAGCAUGAGCUGAAGACUUGCACACCUUACUCUGUCCUCCUUAACAUGAUCUCCUUCAGGUGUGUGGGAGUUAAAAGUCCCAGCUGACACAUGGGGCAGAAAUUCUGUAAGUUGCCCAAAUAUAUUUGAAGGGGAGGCUGAACUACAAAUAAGGUGAUUGCUUCUUAAGGUUACUGCUAAAGGAAUUAAAAACAUGGACCCGUGUGCCUUUCUGUAUGCCUGGAGGCUUCUUCCCAUUGUUCUCUUGCACAGUGUUUUCCUGAUCUUUUUCAUUUUUAAAAAUACAACUCUGGCCCCAAACAAUUGUUCCGCCCCCUUUAAGACCCUAGCUGCUGGGCGAGUCUGAUCACAGGCCUUUCCCUGCAAGGAUAAUGGGACUGCCAAGUACCAGGGCUUUAUACCCAGAGAUAAAUCUCCCUUACCAUUCUCCUUGCCUCCAACUGUUUGGUUACAACAGUCCUAUGUUGUAAUUAAAACCAACAUCAAUUAAUUGUAAUCAAAUUACCAAAAUUCUCAGGGAGAUGUUGGCUUGAGGACCGAAUGUAGGAUCCAGUGCUUUAAACUGCAUAGUUUAAAUGGGCAAAGCAACCAUUUUCUUGGUGCCAGGCAGUUGCAAACUCAGCUGUGACAUGAAAACUACCUUUUAAUUUCUUUCUUUUUUUUUCUUUCAAUAAAUAACCGCAGGGAUUGAGUGGACCAUUUAAAGAGCGUUCUCUGAAGAGUUUCUUGCCAAAGUGUUCUGCCUGCAUGGUUCCUAUGAAAUAAGUAUUUUUUUUAUCCUGUAUGAUGUCUCAAUUAUAUGGUUGUAAAAAUCCUACCAUGCUAUACAACAGUGUUUUCAAUAAAUGU